UCCUCGGUGUAAGCGGACUCUCCCUCCUGUCAUACCCUUAGCCAGGGCAGUUGGGGCGGGUGCACCUCAGCAUGCAUGUGUGUGUAAGCGUGUGUGUGUUCAGGUAUGAGCAUCAGUCUCGGGGUUGGACUUAGAAAAUCGUAAGAGCCUGGACGGCGUGGCAGGCAAAGCGUAGGUCUGUGUUUUCGAGGGGGGCCCUUACUGCUCACCAUGGGUCCAAUGCAUUGAGGGCCCCCACCCAGCCAAGAACAAAAAAGAACAGGGUAUAUCGAGUUCAAAAUUUAGGGGAAAAAAGUCAAAAACAGAUCAUCAGAAUGGUUGCGGAGGAAGUUUUGAUUACACUGUCUGGUGGAGCGCCAUGGGGCUUCCGUCUGCAAGGCGGCGUGGAACACCAGAAACCACUACAAGUGGCUAAGGUGCGCAAACGCAGCAAAGCAUGUAGAGCUGGAUUGCGGGAAGCAGACGAGCUGAUGUCCAUCAACGACCAGCCAUGUGAAGGGUUAUCCCACGCCCAGGCUAUGGACCUCAUAGACGCCUCACCAGGGAUGUUACACAUCCGUGUCAAAAGAGUACCUGUUGGGUUUCAGUCUGUGGUGCUCGUUACCCGUGCCCCUUCUCCCCGUAUCGACAAGGAGUACCGUGCUUCACUGCAGACCCUGUCACCAACCGACCGCCACCAAGCACCUGUCCGUGAGGUUCAUCGUAGCAGAUCUUCCCUAACCAGUGGCCUGACUUCACCACCUGGAAGUGAGGCAUACUAUGGUGAAACAGAUAGUGACGCAGACGUGGCAGGCUAUGAAAGGCAGAGGCGUCAGAAACGACGCAGUCCCAACUCCAACCCGGCUAAACCGACAGGACGGACCUCGCCUGAGGGAGGGGAGACAUCGGAGAUGAGUAGCUAUGACAGUGCCUCAGAUGCACAUGCUUAUUCAAAUUUGUCAGAGCGGCAUGAAGAAGGUGGAAAUGAGGGACUGCCCGGUGUGGCAAGAAGGGAAGUCAUUUACCAGCCCACUGCUCCAAGAAUGUGGUCCUCCCAGACAUCAACUGAGACAUCUUCCAUCAUCUCGUCAGCAGACGACCAGGGGCCAAGGGAUGGAGAGCAGGAGGAAUUCCUAGAGCUUGCUAAUGUGCCAUUGGUAUCCCCAGAGAGGGCAAAGGAGGCAAUGAUGCUGAGUUCUCGCAGUCAGCUAGUGCCCAUGGUGGGCCCUGUAAAUAACCCUGUUGAUGAGGAAUUAACAACGACCUACAUGGAAAAGGCCAGGCAAGCCAAGCUUAACCGAGGAGAUACGCAACAGGACAAGCAUGUAAAGGAAGCCAGAAGCAAGUGUAAAACAAUUGCAUCCCUACUGACGGAUGCACCCAACCCUCACUCCAAAGGAGUGCUAAUGUUCAAGAAAAGGCGGCAGCGCUCCAAAAAGUAUACCCUCACGAGCUUUGGCAGUGUAGAUGAAGAUCAGUGCCCAGACUCACAAGAAGAAGAUGGAACGCUACCUGGCAGUGAGUCAGAAUUUGAGGAAGACGGCUUUUCAGCUGCUCCAGACCCAACUUGGGAUAGUGAUUAUUUGGAUAUGCUCGAGAAAAGGGCUACUGCAGGCGUUGAAGGUCGUGGAGAUCGGGAAGAGGAUGCACAAAGUCCAGGUUUGAAUGCUAGCACAGGGAAGGGUGCUCAAUUGUUUGAACAACAGAGGAAAAGGGCAGUUGAGCAUGCCAAGAAAGUGGAAGCUACACAAUCACAGGCGGCUCAGCAGGCUUUAAAUGAGCAAGCUCAGAUGUUAAACCUAGACAUGCAAGCACAGCCAAAUUUCCUACCCCAUCAACAACUACAUCCUGGCAACAUGCAAGAUUUAUACCAAACCCAAGCAACCUUUAGCAUGUCUAAUGGAGAUUUAUCCCAGGCCACAGGUGGCACAAUCAUGGGGGUGCAAGGUGGACCUAGGCCAGCCAUUACUUCUGUGGAUAUGAUCAUUGGUAAUACACCUCCAGAAGAGACAUCCAUACCAGAAGCCCCUGCCAGUAAUGUUCUUAAUAGAACUGCCCGUCCUUUCACACCUGGCUUCAUUACUAUCCGGGCAGCAACUGCUCCGGUAGCAUUCAAACCAUCUGCCACAAAGACAAACCAGCGACCUGCCUCAGCAGCUGCUGUGCCACCGCCAUUUUCCACUGCUCCAGGACAGGCAAUUAAUGCUACAUCUGUAAAGUUACAGUUGUCUCCUGGUCCUCCCACUUCUUCUAAUCUUUCUGGUCCUGUAACACACACAGCGGAGACUUCUGUCAUCCUAAACCCUACAACCAGUUCCUCUUUAGUAGAGGCAACAAACAUAGGUCAACAAGUGACUGCUGCCUAUCCAGCUCAGUAUGAAAAUGUGCCUCCAAUGCCCCCAGCUCCACCGCAGCACAUGGUUUUUGCUCCACCACAGCCCAUUGUUUCUGUUCCACCACAUCCUUUGGUUUCAGCUUCACCACAGCAUAUGGUUUCAGUUACACCACAGUUCACAGUUUCAGCUCCAAUUACUCCUAUAUCUCAUAUUCCCAGUACAUUUCAUAGAGUUGCAAUGGUUCCUCCAGUGGUGCCACUUGCUCCUCCAUGCCCAACUCAAAUUACUAUGGAACCCACAGCACCAGUGUCCAUUGUCUCUGACACGGAAGCAAUAGCUCCAACUCCUAUUUCUGAUCCAGGAGGUCGCACAGGAAUCUUACUUGAGGCUCGUCGGCGUGUUGGAAAACCCAAACCUAUGUUCAGUGUACCAGAAGUCAAGAAAAAUUCACCAAAUCCUGAGCUGCUGUCCAUGGUGCAGAAUUUUGAUGAGAGGGCCACACAUUCCAAGUAUGGCCAACCAUUUUCUGAAGGUUCUUAUGAUGGCAGGCAUGAAGGAAGCACUACAGCAGUCACCCUAGGGAAGAUGCCUCCCCCGGUGGCACCAAAGCCUCGUGUUCUACAGGAGGUUCCACAGAUCAUUCAAGCAGGAGGCAAGGGGGCUCAGCUCUUUGCUCGAAGACAAAAUCGCAUGGGUAUGUAUGUCGUGGAUGCCCCUCAACAUACCCAUCAUCAACAGAAUGUGACCUCGCAGGUCACUGGACAACACCUCGACUCCUCUGACCACUCCAUUCCCUCUCAAUGGAAAUACUCCUCCAAUGUGCGUGCCCCUCCACCUAUUGGGUAUAACCCACUCCUGGCCCCCUCAAUUCCCACAGGACCUCAGAGGAACAUGACCAAGUCAGGCAGUAAGGGUAGGGGGAGUAUGCAGCGGGAGGGCAUCCAAGCUCUGGAUUUCAUGAGAAGGCAGCCCUACCAGCUAAAUUCUGCCAUGUUUAACUACAGUGGAAGUGCUGCAAAUCUCUCCGCUAGCCCUUCUCAACAGGACCAGAGGCAGGGCCACUAUACAGCACUGGUGGGCAGCUCACUAACAUCACCAAAGCAGAUACCUGUAAAAACAGCUCGCACCUAUGAAAUCAAGAGGUUCUCAACACCAACACCUAUGUCUGCUCCCACUCUGGUUCCUAAAGUCCUCGCACCUCGUUCAGCUACCACCCUCGGUGAGCGUAUAAAUCACUCUGACAUAACCAGCCCACCUCCUGCUCCGAGUGCUCCAAACACAGACACCAACUUGGCACGAGUCCCAUUCAGAGAGUCAGCUUCACUCUCCGCCCAGAUAGCUGGAUUGCCGAGCCUUCCAAAAUUAUCUGCCAUGCCUCCUCCGAACCCUGCUUCUGGUGUAGUGACACAUUACACUCCAGUGUCCUACAACACUGGCCUCCAGUCAGCCAAGCAGUUCAAGAGUGCUCCUGAGCUCACUAUCUUUUCUUCGUUGCCUCCUCUCAAGUCCAAUCCAGUUCAAGCACCCAAACCACGUUUUGUAGCCACCAAAGGGGGUGUUCAGGCUCAUGUGUGGAGACCUGGGGCAAUUUAAACAACUUAAUACCCACCAUGCACUAUCACUCACUCCUUGUUGUAAUUACCUUUGCUGCUAGAGUUGGUCUGAUUGCUUUCCCACAGAAUUAGCCAAACAUGUUUGUAAUGACAACAUAUAUUCUAUACAGGAUCACUGUUUUGGAAAGGGUUACCCUCCCCAGCAUAGAAAAAUGACCCUGAGAACAAUGCAGAAUUAAGAUAUUUUCUUAAAACGUCACGACAUAAGCAUGUUUAUCAUUGUGAUAUUUCUGUUUACUCCCAUGCUUUCUUAGAUAAAUUAUUGAACAGCUAACAGAUGCUGCUGUAAGGCAAACCAUAGGCUUAAGGCACACAGUCAAUCUAUUUCAGGGGUGUCAAACCAGUCCUCAAAGGGCCACAGUGGGUGUUGGAUUUUAUUCCAACCAAAACAAAAUGAAUACCUUUUCACCAAUCUGGUGUUUUACAAGUGUAAUCAGUUGAUUGCAGUCUGGUGUUGCUUGUUUUAUCAGAAACCUCAUUGGUUAGACAGUCUGUGCUGGAUCUGUUAGGCAAAAACCAGGAACCACUGCGGCUCUUUGUGGAAUUGCUUUGAUAUCCCUGAUCUACAUAUUUGAAAUGCAUGGAGGGUGUUAAAUGUCAACUCAUAUAUGUAAAAGGAAAAAGAAAUUAUUAAACAAUUUGGAUUACUGUUGUGGAAUUUGGAUAUUAAUUACCACUACUCACUCCACAUUAUAGGUUAUUUAUUCGUGUACAGCUUCCUGAAAAAUGGCACAGGUGAUAAGUGAGGUCUUUAGAAACAUACUAUGUGCAACUCUACAUUUUAUUUUACUAAACAAAUAAAACGGAUGAACAAGUGUGUAUUUUGUUGAUUUUUAUAAAUUGUGCAAAGGAAAGGUGGAUUUACUGUUAGCAUUAAUAAAAGGGUUUAUGAAAUGAGAGAGGCUGUGGACAGGUGGAAUUGAUUGCAUGGAUGAUAAUAUGACAGACAACUGAAUGUGGUCAAUGAUCAACAUUACCAAUAAAAGAUUAUGAUCACAUUUUUGUUUGUAUGAAUGUAAAGUGAAAUUGUUUACGUAAUGAAAAUCCACAGUCUGAAGAGUUUAUUAGGAAGGCACGGGACUAGAGAUUAGACAUUAGUCGUAAAGAUGACAAAAAAUGAUGCACUGAGGUGCUUGUUUUCCCUUCUUUUAACAUUUCUUGCAAUUAGAAAUAUGGAUUACAAAUUAGAGGAUACUCUUUGGUUAUUUUCUACUGUAUUAAUAAUGUCAAAGAUGCAGAGUUACGCUUGUGCAUAAUGUGUAAAGAAUGAUAUUUAAAAAAUGUGUGAAUAUGUUUAUAUUUACAAUAAAAUGAGACAUUUUCGAUGAAUAAA